AUAUCUUACACCUACCUAAGGUUCAUAUCUUUCACAGCAUAGUUACCUCCUUACCAGUGGAUAGAGUAUGAGGUUCGGAUACUGCUACUACGACAAACGCCAAUAACAAUGGAACCUCUCUCAUUCUCCACCUCGCACUUAUCCAUUCCCACCAAAACCACCCUUUUCUCCCCCAAACACCAUCCUCCCUCCGCCUCUGCCGCCACCACCACCGUAUCCUUCUCCCACAAACCACCGUCAGACUCCAACAGCGCUGCCACCCCUCGCCGCCCCUCCAAACCCCCCAAAGCCACACCAAUAACUCCUCCCUCAAACCCUCUCGCUAACAAGCUAUGGCUCACAAGCAAACUCUCCCCUCCUCCUCCUCCUCCGCCACCGCCACCGCCACCACCGGAAAUUGACACCGAAACCAAAAAAGAGAGCGGCGGUGAAGGCGCGGAUUCUGAUUCCCGGAAUUUCGAUUUCCGGCAGCCGGGGAAGAUCUUCGUGGGGAACCUGCCGGCGUGGGUGAAGAAGCCGCAGGUGGCGGAAUUCUUCCGGCAGUUCGGCCCCAUACGUAGCGUGAUUCUGUUCAAGGGCCACCACGACACGGAGCGGAGCGCGGGGUUUGCCUUCGUCAUCUACGACGGCGGCGAGGGGGACGAGACGAAGGCGGACAAGGCGGCGAUGAGGGCGGUGGAGUUCGACGGCGUCGAGUUCCAUGGGAGGGUGCUGACAGUGAAGCUCGACGACGGGAAGAAGAUGCGGGAGAGGAGUGAAGAGAGGGCGCGCUGGCUGCAAGGGAAUGGUGGUGAUAAGGGAGAGUACCCGUCCACGAGGCACAAGGAGAGGGACGGGUCCAGGAAGAGCUUCCAGAAGGUUCUGGAAACCCAGCCAGAGAAUUGGCAGGCCGUUGUGACCGCCUUCGAGAGAAUUAAGAAGCCUGCUAGAAAAGAAUAUGGCUUGAUGGUUAAAUAUUAUGCACGACGAGGGGAUAUGCAUCAUGCACGCCAAACAUUUGAGAGUAUGCAAGCAAGAGGAAUAGAGCCAUCUUCACAUGUGUACAGUAGUCUUAUUCAUGCUUAUGCAGUUGGUAGAGACAUGGAAGAAGCUUUACAUUGUGUUAGAAAGAUGAAGGAGGAGGGAAUUGAAAUGACUAUAGUGACAUACAGUAUAAUUGUGGGAGGAUUCGCUAAAAUGGGCAAGGCUGAUGCUGCAGAUCAUUGGUUUAAGGAGGCCAAAGAGAAGCUCCCAUCUUUAAAUGCUGUCACUUAUGGGAGCAUAAUUUAUGCGCACUGUCAAACAUGCAAUAUGGAUCGAGCUGAAGCCUUGGUGAGGGAGAUGGAAGUACAAGGGAUAGAUGCUCCCAUUGACAUAUAUCAUACCAUGAUGGAUGGUUAUACAAUGAUUGGUAAUGAAGAGAAAUGUUUGAUUGUGUUUGACAGACUUAAGGAAUGUGGUUUCUCUCCCUCAGUUAUCAGCUAUGGUUGUCUUAUUAAUCUUUACACCAAGAUAGGAAAAGUUUCCAAAGCAUUGCAGAUUAGCAAAAUGAUGAAAAUGUCUGGCAUAAAACAUAACAUGAAGACGUACUCUAUGUUGAUCAAUGGAUUCUUGAAGUUGAAAGAUUGGGCUAAUGCAUUCUCCGUUUUUGAAGACUUUACUAAAGAUGGUUUGAAGCCUGAUGUAGUACUAUACAAUAACAUUAUAACAGCUUUUUGUGGGAUGAGUAACAUGGAUCGUGCCAUUUGUAUGGUGAAGCAAAUGCAGAAGGAGCGGUAUAGACCUACUACACGCACAUUUUUGCCCAUUAUACAUGGUUUUGCUAGAGCUGGGGAGAUGAGGAGAGCCCUGGAGAUCUUUGAUAUGAUGAGGAGGAGUGGUUGCAUUCCCACUGUACACACAUAUAAUGCUCUUAUUCUUGGCCUUGUUGAGAAGCGUAAGAUGGCCAAGGCUGUAGCAAUAUUGGAUGAAAUGAAUGUGGCAGGUGUUGGACCAAAUGAGCAUACAUAUACAACUCUUAUGCAAGGUUAUGCUUCACUGGGUGACACUGAAAAGGCCUUUCAGUACUUUUCAGUGUUGAGGAAUGAGGGCCUGGAGAUUGAUGUCUAUACUUACGAAGCGUUAUUGAAGUCAUGUUGCAAGUCAGGCAGAAUGCAGAGUGCCCUUGCAGUCACAAAAGAAAUGAGUGCAAAAAAUAUUCCAAGAAACACUUUUGUCUAUAACAUACUAAUUGAUGGUUGGGCUCGUAGAGGUGAUGUUUGGGAGGCUGCAGACUUGAUGCAACAAAUGAGAAAAGAAGGAGUUCUACCAGACAUCCAUACCUACACUUCUUUUGUAAAUGCCUGUUGCAAAGCUGGGGAUAUGCAGAAAGCAACAGAGAUUAUCCAAGAAAUGGAAGCAUUUGGUAUAAAACCUAACCUCAAAACCUACACCACUCUAAUAAAUGGUUGGGCGCGUGCUUCUAUGCCAGAGAAGGCUUUGAGUUGCUUUGAAGAGAUGAAGCUAGCUGAAUUGAAACCAGACAAAGCAGCGUACCAUUGUCUUAUGACAUCUUUGCUAUCAAGAGCCACUUUUGCUCAAUCUUACGUUUACAGUGGUCUCUUGUCUGUAUGUAGAGAGAUGAUAGAGUCUGAGAUGACUGUCGACAUGGGAACUGCGGUUCACUGGUCAAGAUGUUUACGCAAGAUUGAGAGGACUGGAGGGGAACUAACAGAAGCCCUACAAAAGACCUUUCCUCCUGAUUGGACCUCACAUAAUGCUCUUGAUGUCAAUAGUGGUGAAACACAAACUGCAGAUCUUCAAAUUGAUGAUGAAGACGAGUACGAGGACGAUGUACAUUAUAUUGUUAAUGGAGUCAAUGAUGAUGAUGCUGUUAUCUCAUAGUCAUACAGGUGGUAGCCCCCCCCCUCUAGAAAUCACUCUGGACUUUUAAGUAAUUUGAGCUAGUCAGACGAAUCCACCUUUAUGGAACAAAGUUUUUAUUUAUUUAUUUAUAUGAAUUCAAAAUCUUAUUUGAAGGGGGUUGAACUUUUUGUUACUUGGAUCAAAGUGUUAGAUGUGUUUUGUAAAACUGAAAACACAAUUUUUACUUUCAGGAAAAUUUUUAUUUUAAAAA